GGCCACCAGCCCAGAGCCUGUUCACAAGAUGUCCACCAUGCCAGAGCCUGCAGCCAUCAUGGCCGCCACACCGGUUGUCCCAAGUCCGGUGGUGUCCGUUCCUGAGGUUCUGCCCCAGGAAUUAGCUCUGCCAGUUGUGGCUGCCACCUUCUUGUGUGUCUGCACCAAAGGCCGUUUCUGUGCCUGUGCCAAGAUGGCUGCCUCUAAACCUCUCGAACAGCCUGCCUAAACCAAGAUGGCCAUCCUGGACUCACCUGUGCUCAGUGUCUCCAUAGACACUCCUAUGCCGCUCAGCCCUGGUGUUCUGCCGGCCCGCUCUGGUCUACUUUCCCCUUUGCCACUACACGGACCUGGCCCUCUAUCCCCCUGGUACCCCUCGUCUUAUGUUUUGUCAGCCAUUGUUUGGACUUUUGCUUUUUGUGUUCUUGUGGUUUUGCCUUUUUGUUUGUUUCUUUAUUAAAUGCCUGCAAAUAGAUACACUUCCCUGCUUGUUUUUCUUGCCCGUCGUGACAAAAACAGCUCUAACAUGUAUUUUAAUCUAGGCGUAAGCCCUGUCUGGCUUUUAUUAAAUGAUCUUGGAUUUAAUAUUCUUGUUAUUUUGUCUUGCAGUUGCCAGUAAAGCUGUUGGUGGGGAUUACAGUGAGUUCAGCAACAGACUAAAGAACUUUUUAAAACAGAAAUAUGAGCGGAUAUUGGAUGGUAAUUCAGAGAAUGCCAAACAGAAUACACAUUUGAAUAAUAUUUACACUGAUCUCUAUAUAGUGAAGAAUCAGACGGGUGGAGUAGUGAAUGAACAUGAAGUGAGACAGAUUGAAGUAAACAGAACUGCUGCUGAGGACACGUCAGUCAAGUGUAAUGACAUAUUUAAAGUCCAGCGUGAUACAGGUCAUCAAAACAGAAAAGUGCUGACGAUGGGCAUCGCAGGUGUGGGCAAAACUGUCUCUGUCAAUAAAUUCAUCCUUGACUGGGCUGAAGGGAAAGAAAAUCAGGAAAUCAUCUUUAUUUUUCCUUUGCCCUUCCGUCAAUUGAAUCUGAUUGAAAAGAACUGUAGUCUACUGGAACUUAUUCAUGAAUACUUUAGUUUUGAAAAACAACUAUCAUCACUGCCUAAAGAAGAAGAUAAAGUGAUGUUCAUCUUUGAUGGUCUGGACGAGUGUCGCUUCUCUUUGAGCUUUGAGAAGAGCGAGAGAUUGACAGAUGUUCAAAAGAAAACAACAGCGGACGUCAUAAUAACAAACCUGAUCAAGAGAAAUCUGCUUCCCUCCGCUCUCAUCUGGAUCACCUCCAGACCGGCAGCAGCCCAUCUGAUACCUCGACGCCACAUUGAUCAGGUGACAGAGGUACGAGGAUUCAACGAUGAGCAGAAGGAGAAAUACUUCACCAAAAACAGCAAACCUGACAUGUCAGAGAGAAUCAUGUCACACAUCAAGAGAUCCAGAAGUCUGUACAUCAUGUGUCACAUUCCCGUCUUCUGCUGGAUCUCUCUCAGCGUUCUUCAGCCUCUGAUGACUCAAGAGAAUCAGCACAAAAUUCCCACAACUCUCACAGGGAUGUACAUCUACUUCUUACUCUCUCAGAUGGAACAGAUGAAAGCAAAAAAACAAAGUGACAAUCUUCCUCAGUCUUUUGAAGAUGUUGUUCUGAAGCUUGGGGAACUGGCUUUUAAACAGCUUCUGAAGGGAAAUCUGAUUUUCUACAAAGAAGAUCUUGAGGAAUGUGGGCUGGAUGUCAGUGAAGGUUUGGUUUUCUCUGGGUUAUGCACUCAGAUUUUUCAGACAGAAAAGCCAGUUUCUGGGAGAAAGGUCUACAGUUUUGUACAUCUCAGUGUUCAGGAAUUCCUCGCUGCUCUUUACGUGCUUUUCAUUUACAAAGUCAAAAAAACAAACCCAUUCCCUCUCACACUGGGAGACAAACUGAAAUGCAAAUUCAUGAAAAAUUCACUGUUUGACCUUCAUAGGACGGGAAUUAAAAAUGCCCUUCGAAGCAAGAAUGGACACCUGGAUCUUCUCCUGCGGUUCCUCAUGGGUCUCUCACUGGAGUCAAAUCAGAAUGAGCUGAAAGAUCUUCUGCCCUCACUGAAGAUCACAGCAGAAGACAUGAGACAGACUGCUGAAUAUAUCAAACAGAAAAUUAAUCAUGAAGCAUCAUCAGAGAUGAGCAUCAAUCUCUUCCACUGUCUGAAUGAACUGAAAGAUGAUUCACUGAUAACAGAAAUCCAGGCGUAUCUGAAUUCAGGAGAUCUUUCAUCACAAGAUCUCUCUUCUGUUCAGUGGUCUGCUCUGGUGUUUGUGCUGCUGAUGUCUGAAGAGACUCAAGAGAUGUUUGAGCUGCAGAAAUACAGAAGAUCUGAUGAAGCUCUGAUUAGACUUCUGCCAGUGAUCAGAAACACCAGAAGAGCUCUUCUUCAGAACUGUCAUCUGUCUGAUGAGUGUUGUGAAAGUUUGUCUUCAUGUCUACAAUCAUCGACGUCUCUGAGAGAGCUGGACCUGAGUAACAAUGAUCUGAAGGAUUCAGGAGUGAAGCUGAUCUCUGAUGCUCUCAAGACUCACAACUGUCCGCUACACACACUGAGAUUGUCCGGGUGUAAUGUGACUGAUGAGUGUUGUGAGAGUUUGUCUUCAUGUCUACAAUCAUCGACGUCUCUGAGAGAGCUGGACCUGAGUAACAAUGAUCUGAAGGAUUCAGGAGUGAAGCUGAUCUCUGACGCUCUCAAGACUCACAACUGUCCACUAGAGAUACUGAGCGGUUGAGUUUUGAUUGCAUGAAGCGGAAGAUUUCCUCGUGAAGAAGAUGAAAUGUCGGUCACUACAUCGGAGGGUGCGCUGCUUGCCUCGGAUGAUGAAGGACCUCUUAAUGUCCUGCCCCUUCAGAACAACACUCAGGAGGAGGCGGAUUCUGAGAUGGCAGCGAAACUUUCCCGGGCAGCCGCAGGCAUUGGACUAAAGGUAAGUCCUC